UUGUUCCGGAAUUAGAAGUCACCCGACGAAUUCAAAGGCAUGUCAUGUCAUGGCAUGUUGUUUUGCUUUCUAAAAAGACGCUAAAAUUGCACGAAGUCCGUGUAAAUUUCUGUGCAUUGAACUCAUCGAACAUUCAAUCAUGAUCGGAUCGAUAUCUUUUCGAUUACAUCAUUUGCACGAUCUGAUUGGUCGAUAGAUUGAGUCAAACUCUCGGUUAUUUAAAUUACUAAACUUCGGAACGAUUUCGGAUUCAAGAACGAGGUCCAAAAGACUUUGUACCCAGGGACGUACCCAGGGGGUACAGAGAGAGGAACCAGGAGAUCCUGGAUCUUGUGGACGAAGAUGGCGCCUCCAACAAGAAYACGUGUUGCUGAAAGACAAGCUGAAGACACUGAUGAAAAUGAAUGGUUACAGCAAACAUUUGAGGGAGAUUURUUUAAGUAUUCGUCCUGGUCCUGGUAUGCUUUAGUAAUUUCUGGGAUWACUUUGUUUUGGAUGAUUGUGUUUCAUCCUGAUCUCAUCCCAUACCAUCUCCUUGGACCUAUUGGAAAUUUACUAGCAUAUCUUAAAGACAAUCAUGCAAAAACACUCAUGAUGGGGUUUAGAAUAUUGGUAUUGAUACAUUGUAUCGAAGCCUUUGCWGCUUAUAGACUUUGCAGYCAGAUGAGAUUCACAAUGAAAACAACAUUGAUGUGGACCAUACAYUCAUUAUUGCUUGGUUUUCCAUCUUAUGGUAUCAUUUUAAAAUACAGUACAGAGAGACAGAAAUAUCAAGAAGAAAAGGAAAAACAGUCUUAAAAUAAAAACAAUUGAAUUUUUUAUCAUUCAUAUAAUUACAGCAAUCGAAUMCAUGCAAUGGUACAUAUCAUAACCUGAUUUAGGUUUUGAGGUUUGUUUCUCUGUUUUUAUGUCACUGGAAAACCAAAAGUGAUGCCGUUCAUUGAAAUUCAGUAACUGAUAAACUCUUUUUUUCAUGCAAUGAUUGUUGUUAGAUGUAUAAAUUGAUGUUGAUGUAUUUAAAGACACAUUUCUAGCAUUAGAAAGUGCAGCUGUAGGAYGUUAUACCCUAAAAACAUAGGAAAAAAUUGUCUUCUCUUAGGACCACAACCAGAGGCCACAGAUCUGCCAAUCACAAUCUGAUUUGAAACUGUGGAAUAAAGCUAAAAAGAGGUUAUAUCUAAUGUAUUUGGAUAGCAAUUGGCCAAAACUAUAGUAAUACUAAUGCACYUCAUCUGUACUCUCCUUGUAAAUCCCUAGAUACUAGUCCAAUUCAUUGUUAAUAUGUAACAUUCAUUCAAAUUCACUAAAAUAAAGUGAACAAAAAAACGAUACUUCAAGUUCUCUAUGAGAAAACUA